AUGAACUCCUCAAGCUCGUGCCCCUCAGCAUCUUUCUCAGUUAACUUCAGGUGUACCUAUACAACCAGAUCUCAUACAUCUCCCGAAGCUACUAGGAGGUCUCCUACUCGAUACACAACCAGAAACCGGAUAGAGGGACUACCUGCAUCACCAUCACACACUAGGGGAAGGCUAGAUAAGGAUAACCAGAACAACAGAAGAAACUCUCAGAGCCUGACUCAAAACUUACAAUGGAGAGUGUGCAGAGAGAGAAGCAGAUCCCCACAGGCCACUGAGAUCGUUCCACCUCGGGAUAGUGCUCACACUCCUACACACGCCUCCUCUGGAAAUAGACCACCUCUAGAGAGAAACCUAGAGCUCAACAACUUCCCAACACCACCUCCGCAAAUUCCGAGUACAGAAGAGGUUAUGAAAGACCUGUGUUAUGUAACUUUCAAGUACACAAACGUUGACGACCCGGUGGAAAGAGCAGCUCGUAUGCAAAGAGUAGCCCUAGGGGAAGAGCAUAACCUGAUGGAAAAUACAGCUGCAAGCAUCAUUGCAGCUGCUACCUCCAACCUCUCUAACCAUGAGAUUGAAACGAAUCAGGCCCCUGAUGACCAUCAUACACUUCCAGAGCUACCUCUACACAUAGACUCCUAUCACAAAUCCAUGCCUCACCAGCAAGACAUGGUUUCCCUCACGCGUCUCCCAUUCAUCACAGACCUCAACCAGAACAUCAACAACAUCAAGAGCCCCCAACCAGCAGGAUGA